CCCACCCUUUUUCUCUCUUUUUCCCUAUCCCUUUCUCUCUCCCCCCCUUCCUUCCUCCCUCCCCUCCUCCUUCACCUUUUCUAGGCAGGACUGAAAUCCGCAUUAUUGCUAGGAAGAGCAGAGACUGGGGGGGGGAGGGAAACGCAAGCAAGGCUCAUUGAAACUGAGCCCCAUCCGAAGCUUAGGGGGGAUAGGAGAGGGAGAAGAACGGAAGCCCAUUCGCAGCUCGAGUUGGUUCCUAGCUUUUUGUUGUCACAAUAAUAAUUUUUUGGGGGGGAAUCUGUUUUUGAGUGUGUGUUGUCUCUGUGUGUGCAAUUUCCCCCUCCCUUCCUUGCUCGCUUUCUCUGUCUCAGAGCAGAGAUCUAAGUCGAAUUGAAGAACAGGGAGACAGAAGACGGGAAGAAAAAAAGAGGAAAAGCAAAAUUGCAGCGUUUGCCUACCGAGGUCCAGUCCCAUCUUUAACCAAGGAAGACUGGGCCCGGGGAACCCAAGAUUCCCGGAACUCCAAGCGCAGCGAUUCUAGAUCCGAGAGCCGAGAAAGCAGUACUCGGGCUGGCCGGAGAAAGCCAGAAACCCCAAGGACUAUCUGUUCUUGCCUCCCAGUGAAGGCGGCCGAGAGGGACGUGCCAGGACCAGUGGAAAAACAGGACCCAGGGGUGCCCACCGCCCUGAGUGAUUAUGCCUCGGCUUGGAAGUUUUUAGAAAGCAGUCCCCCACUCCUCCUUCACAAAAUAUAGACUUACUCUAAAACAUCUCGCUCGGCCCCACCAUCCGAAGGAGGUGUUUCUGGGUUCCUGUGGGGUCCCCCUUCUUUUAACGAUGUACUAUUAAAAAGGGGGAGCACCUGAGUGAGGACUCGAGUGCAACAGCCGAAGCCCCGAUCCCAGUCAGCAGUGCGGCGACUGAGCCUCCCCAUGAGAGAGCCGGUCAUCCCUGGGACAAGCAUGGCUUACCACCCUUUCUUACCUCACCGGGCUCCGGACUUCGGCAUGAGUGCCGUGCUGGGACACCAGCCUCCCUUCUUCCCGGCUCUCACCCUGCCUCCCAAUGGGGCUGCGGCUCUCUCGCUGCCGGGGGCUCUGGCCAAGCCCAUUAUGGAUCAAUUAGUCGGGGCCGCCGAGACCGGCAUCCCCUUCUCCUCCCUGGGUCACCAGGCGGCGGCUCAUCUGAGGCCUCUGAAAACCCUGGAGCCCGAGGAAGAGGUCGAGGACGACCCCAAGGUCCAUCUAGAAGCCAAGGAGCUUUGGGAACAGUUCCAUAAAAGAGGGACCGAGAUGGUGAUCACCAAAUCCGGAAGGAGAAUGUUCCCUCCGUUUAAAGUGAGAUGUACUGGGUUGGAUAAAAAGGCCAAGUAUAUUUUGUUGAUGGACAUUGUAGCUGCGGACGAUUGUAGAUAUAAAUUCCAUAAUUCCCGGUGGAUGGUGGCGGGCAAGGCUGACCCCGAAAUGCCCAAACGAAUGUAUAUUCAUCCCGACAGUCCUGCGACAGGCGAGCAGUGGAUGUCCAAAGUGGUCACUUUUCACAAACUGAAACUGACCAACAAUAUUUCUGACAAACAUGGAUUUACCAUUUUAAACUCCAUGCACAAAUACCAACCUAGGUUCCACAUUGUUAGGGCCAAUGAUAUCCUGAAACUUCCCUAUAGUACAUUUCGGACUUAUGUGUUCCCUGAGACAGAAUUCAUCGCUGUGACCGCAUACCAGAAUGAUAAGAUAACACAGUUAAAAAUUGACAACAACCCAUUUGCCAAAGGGUUCCGAGAUACGGGGAAUGGCAGGCGGGAGAAGAGAAAGCAGCUGACUUUACAAUCCAUGAGAGUGUUUGAGGAGAGACAUAAGAAGGAAGCUGGGACCUCCGAUGAAUCCUCCAGUGAGCAGACAGCUUUCAAAUGUUUUGCCCAAUCCUCUUCCCCAGCAGCUGUCUCCACAGUUGGUACAUCUAACCUCAAAGAUCUGUGCCCUAGUGAGGGAGAGAGCGAUGCUGAAAGCAAGGAAGAGCCCCCUGAGGCCAGUGACAUGGGGAAAAUCUCUACCACCACAUCGGAGGAGCCUUCCAAAGACAAGGGCGCCUCACCCUCCAAGGCCCACCUCUUCUCAUCGGAGAGAGAUCGAGAUCGGGACCGGGAUAGGGAUCGAGAACGGGCCAGGGAAGGGAUACGGCUGGAAAAGAAUUCCCCAGAUUCUCGUCAUAGCCCAGCUGCCAUCUCCUCUAGCACCCGAGGCUCAGGCUGUGAGGAUCGAAAGAGCCCUGGCCGGGAAGGGGUACCCAAGGCCCCUGAGGAAGGGCGCCCAGUGCUCCCGGGAAAGGAGACCUUCACCCCUCUCACAGUGCAGACGGACAGCUCACCACACCUGAGCCCAGCUCACCUCCCGAACCUGGCCUUCCCCCCUGGCCUGGCUAGCCAACAGUUCUUUAGUCCCCUGGGCAAUGGCCACCCUCUCCUCCUGCACCCCAGCCAGUUUGCUAUGGGGGGAGCCUUCUCCAGCAUGGCGGCGGGUAUGGGUCCCCUGCUGGCCACCGUGUCUGGAGCUUCCACAGGAGUCACCGGCUUGGACACCACGGCCAUGGCCACUGCAGCGGCCCAGGGACUAUCAGGGGCUUCUGCGGCAGCCUUGCCCUUCCACCUCCAGCAGCACGUCCUAGCCUCUCAGGGACUGGCCAUGUCGCCUUUCGGAAGCCUCUUCCCCUACCCUUACACCUACAUGGCAGCAGCUGCAGCUGCCUCCACGGCAGCGGCUGCUUCCAGCUCCGUCCACCGGCACCCUUUCCUGAACGCCGUGAGGCCCAGACUUCGCUACAGCCCGUACUCCAUCCCUAUGCCCCUACCUGACAGCAGCAGCCUCCUCACGCCGGCUCUCCCUUCGAUGGCUGCGGCUGCAGCCGCAGCAGCGGCAGCAACGUCGGGCAGCGUGCUGGAGAGCAAAGCGGCCAAUUUAGCUGCCAGCCCCGCCUCGGUGGCUUUGGACUCGGGCUCUGAACUCAACAGCCGAUCUUCUACUAUCUCCUCUGGCUCUGUGUCCUUGUCCCCAAAACUCUGCCCUGAGAAGGAGCCCUCCACCAGCGAACUACAGAGCAUCCAGCGUCUAGUGAGCGGCCUGGAGUCGAAGCAAGACAGAUGCCGCAGUGAAUCCCCCUAAUGGCCUGCGCCUCAAUUCCAGAGUUCCAAGAAAGGGGACCCGUUGGGGUGGGGGCAAAGGAUGGGCGCAGAAGUAAACGAGAGUGAGGGCGUCCUCAUCUUGAGUUCUUGUGUCUCAUUCCCAAUCAUUCUCGAGUGCACUUUGUAAAACUAUGGUGAAGUCCCUCACAUGGCCCUGUGGCCACAGCAACCCCUCCGGAAAGGGCUGGGCGGGGGCCCCCCUGAGGCUGAGGCUUGGGGGGGGGAGGGUUUAAUGGAGGAAAAGACCUAAAAGCUGCUAUGUUUCAGAACCAUGCUCUCAUUGAAAGGUCAUGUUUGUCCCGUAGAAAGCAGAGAUGGUCAAGAUCGUCUCUAGAGGUGUUUGUUUGUUUGUUUUCCCCACUCAGUGUGUAAAAUAGACUAAAUGAAAUAAAAAUGAAUGGAAAUGAAUGAAUAAGGUUUAGAAAAGUGAUUUUUUAAGAAUAUAAAGUGACUUGCAUUAUCAUUUCUUCAAAAUGAAACUGACUGAAGAACUCUGGGGUGGGAUAAAGAUAUACCUGUAGCCCUUGUUAGCCUGUAUUAAUGAACUCGAUGUCUUUUUAAUAUUAUUGUGAUGUCUUAAGAGCCCCCAUAGGGCACUUGCAUGCUCCACCGUAGUCUAUUUUUCUGUUUUAUUUUUCUGAAUGUUUAAUUCCCAGGGAGAAAAGGAAAUGACCCUUCUUCCCCCUCCCACCCCGAACUGCAACAGGCCCCCCCUAAUAUUAAUAAUUUUAAAAGAGGCAGAUAAAUAAGUGGGAGGGGAAUUGAAUUUAUUUUAUGAAAUUUUGUUUCAUUGCUAGUUGUCUCCCUCGGGUUUCCUUCUCUCUUUACUGUAUAUGCAAUAACAAGGUUAUUAAAAAUAGUUUAAAAAAAGAGAAGUGGACACUAUUAGACAAAGUAUUUAUGUAAUUAUUUGGUAACUUGUAAAUAAGUGGAAUAUGAAUACUCAGAAUUAAACUUUAAUUUAUUGACACUGUACAGAUCUCUGUAAAUAAGGCAGCAGCUGCCCCGUGUUUCGUUCUCCAUUUCAUUUCAAGGUCAGGCUUGGAAAACAAGGAAACAUACAGCUCUGGGCUGGGGGUUUUUUUCCCUAUUUUUUUUUUUUGCAAAGUACCUCCCUUUUAAUAACCAAGUUAGUAAAAAGUCCUAAUGCAGAAGAUAAAAAUAAAUUAAUGGGAAGGGUGCUAUUAUUAGGUACUUUCCUGCGUCAAAUGAAGGGCGUGGAGAUUGUGGGGAGGAGAAAAGGGGCAAAGCAGAAUCUUGUGGGCUGUAUUUCUCGUUUUCUGAAUUUGCCCAUUCCUUCUUGUGUCCAAAUGAAAUGGGUUUGACUACUGGUGUCGCUGUGUGAUCCAUUUAUUUCUCAGUUGGUGCCUAGAGAUAAUAGCUAAUCCAAGUUUGAAAGUCAGGUGUCUUCAAGAAAAAAAAAA